AUGGCCGCUCCAAACACUUUCAAGAGCAACCUGGGUCUCUCCAUUAUCGGAGUCGGCCGCCAAUACCCGCCAUACUCCCUCAAGCCCGACUCUCUCAACACAUUGAGCAAACGAUUCUACCCAGAAUCACCAGCGAUGACCAAGGUGCUGGGCAUCAACCAGCUCACUGGUAUUGAGGCGCGCUCGUCCAUUGGCACACCGGACCACCCCCUCGUCAACCAGGAAAAAGCACCCACCAUCAAGCAGCUCAGCGACAUCUUCUUCCAGGAAGGCGUCCCCCUCGCCGUCCAAGCCGCGCAAAAGGCCAUUGCGGAGGCCCGCAUCGACCUCUCGCAAAUCACCCACGUCGUCGCCAACACCUGCACCAACAGCGCCAACCCGGGCUUCGACCACUUUGUCGUCAAGGGUCUCGGCAUCAAGCAGCAGGUCGAAAAGGUCUUGCUGCACGGUAUCGGCUGCAGUGGCGGCCUCGCCGGCCUGCGCACGGCCGCCAACCUUGCUCUGGGACACACCAUGCAGGGCAAGCCCGCCCGCAUCCUAGUCGUCACCCUCGAACUCAGCACGAUGAUGGUCCGCAGCGAGCUCGACAGCAUCCACGAGCUGCAGGAGACCCGCAUCGGCGUUGCCCUCUUCUCGGACUGCGGCAGCGCCGUCGUUCUGAGUAACGGCAUCGGCGAGUCUGCCGAGCCCAUCUACGAGCUGCUGGGCUGGGACCACCGCAUGAUCCCCGACACCGAGGAAGACCUAGGAUUCGACGUCGACCCUGUGGGCUGGAAGGUCGUGCUGUCGCCCCGCGUGCCCAAGCUGGCCGCCGAGGUGCUCCAGCCCACGUUCCGCGACCUUGUCGCCUCCGUACCCGAUCUGCCCCCCACCUACCAGGCCGCUGCCGACUUUGACUGGGCCAUGCACCCCGGCGGCUCCACCAUCUUGUCCGGUGCCGAGCGCGCCAUGGGCAUCUCGCCGGAGCACAUGCGUGCCAGCUACGACACCUACAUCAACCACGGCAACUCCAGCUCCGCCACCAUCUUCAGCGUGCUCGACCGCCUGCGCGAAAAGGACAUGGACGCCUGGGCCCCUGGCGGCAAGGGCCCCAAAGAGUACAUUAUCGGCUGUGCCUUUGGGCCGGGCAUCGCUGUUGAGUCGUGCAUCCUCAAGCGCAACAUGCGCGUCACCGGCAUCGACACGCCGCCCGAGACCGAGAGCGAGGCCAGCCGUAGCGAGGCAGGCGAUGCCGGCGAGGAGAAGACGACCGCAUCAUCGACACAAGCAGGACCGCAGACCAUCACCUCGCAGGUCAACAACCUGGAGCUGGGCUCGAACUAA